AUGGUCUUCGCAUUUUUCAUUAAAUAUUUAUAUAAAUUGAUAUUGGUCACAUUGAAACGAUCAUUAAUUAAAUCAUCACUCGGGAAAGAUCAAAAGAUUUAUUUUUGCAAGACCUUCCAUUCUAGAUUUUUCCCGGUAAAACACAGUUUCGAGUAUCCAGUACUUUAUCUUGGAGUUGACUUGGAUUUGUUGGAAAGAAAUAAGGAUUCCGGUGGAUUCUUGUUAGGUUACAAUAACAAAAAGACUAUUUUUAAUAUAAAUGACGAUGACUAUCUGGGAGCCAUCAAUCCUAGAGACAUUCCUAUUUCAUUCGGAAGGAAGGAAUUGAAAUCGAUAAAAGAAAAACUUUUUUGGUACAUAUCAAGACAUGAUAUCUCCACGGAAGGAUUCCUUCGCGUAGAAUUAGUGACCAUGCCUAGACUUCUCAAUUAUGCAUUCAAUCCGGUCAACUUUUACUUCUGUUACGAUUUACGCAACUCGCUGAGUGUCGUGGUGUUGGAAAUCAAUAAUACUUUUGGCGAAAAACAUUUACAUAUCUUGGAUCGUGACCAUAAUGACAAUAAUGCCACUAGGAUCGGAUACGACAUGAGCUUUACGACGAAGCGAGCCUUCCACGUUUCACCUUUUAACGAUCGCAAAGGCACAUACAAGGUAUACUGCAAGGAUCCCGCAUCGGGAUAUCUUGACGUGAGAUUUGUUAUGCACACCGAUUCCUCCCGAGAUGAUGAUGCUUCGGAUAAGAAGAAAUUUGUAGCAACAGCCGUAGGACAUUCCUAUAUUCUCAAUCGCCUUAGUCUAUUAUACGCCAUGCUCACCUAUCCCACAGAGAUUUUCCUGACGAUGCCUCGCAUCCUAAAAGAAGCUUACAAAUUGCAUUACAAUAAAAAGUUGGGAAUUUAUCAUAAGCCCAUCCCAAUCGAAGGAACCGUCGUGAAGUUGGAACCAAAUUCCCUUGAUUUGUAUGCUCAAGAAAUCGUUGUAAAAUAUCUAUCUUAUCUAAUUUCACAAAUCAAUGAGCUCAUCUAUAUCACUAUAAAUCUCCCCAACUUUAACAAACCGCCUAUAAAACUGCAAUCUGACCCGAAUGAACCAUUCUCGCCAUUCUUUCACAAUUCCAAGCAUAUAAUACUGAAUCUCCAUGACUAUACAUUUUUCACGAAUUUUGUGAUCAACCAAAUUCCUUAUCGAGCGCUAAUAUUAGGAUAUUACGAGAAGGCGUGGGACUGCAAUAACCUACCACUGCUAUUUCAUUUUCUUUUCAAUCUUCCUGGGAAAAGGGAUGACAUCAAUACAAUACAUAGAGAUCAUAAAGUUAGAUUGAAUAAGUAUGAGUUAAUGACAGCAAUGUUGCGGAGAAGAUAUUGGCGAAACAUAUUAAAGGAUGAGGAAUCCGGUGGGCUAAAGGAAAAAGCGGAAUUUGACGAGAUCCUGCAAAACCUUUGGCCGCCGGAAGGCGUUGAUCAAGAUUUCAUCGCUUCGGUGAUGCAAAAUGACGUUUGUUAUGACCUAAGGAUUAAUGCCAAGAUCAACUCCCAUGAAGAUAUUGCGAUUGCGAUUCGGGAUCUACUUGCAAUGGAUAAAGAAGGCAAAAUAGUAGCGUUAUUCGGAUACACUCAUUUAUAUCUAUUUACCAUUCCCUCUAACAAUUCGAUAAGACAUCUUUCGCCAAUAAUAUCAAAAGAACUGCACCUGUUUCCAUUUCCACCGCGUUAUUUGCCAUACGAGAACAAAGAACCGAUAUUGCAUCCAAUAGACCGAUUUCUGUUCUCGUCUUCAUAUGCUACUUCUAAUAUGUUAAUAGCACCCACUGCGACCAACGUAACCGUGGCCCUUGCGAAUAAGGUGACGAAGAUUUUGGAAAGGUUAAAGCAUAUUUGGAUGUUGUUAUUAAUGACGAGUGCUUAUCAAUUGGAUUCGACGUUCUGGCAAAUGAUCACCGGAUUUGUAAAUGGCCCAAGUGGGAAUCCGUUCUUAGCCGAAAAGUGGUUGUGGGAAGGGGUCAUUGACAUAUUAAAUAAUGGAAAGAAUUAUAGUGAGGAAGGUGUGAAUAGUAAAUUGUGUCAGGAGGAUAAGGUGAAUGGUAAAAACAAAAAUUUAUUCGAAGGCUGGGAGGUUAUUUAUGAGCGCAUAGACGGGGUGGAACACCUCCAACUUGCGACUACUGCGCCACCCAUGCCGAAGCUUCCGAUGGUACAUGUAUCAACCAGAAACUUAAACAUCGAAUCCGAUAAACAACAAAGGUUAUGGUAUUUCAUGAAAUGUUAUCGAAAGGUGGUUUUAUUUAGAGAUGAUUUUGAUUCGGAGACUGGAUCAACAACAAAAAGUUAA